AUGACCGCCACAAGUUCUGCACCAGUCACUUCGGCUGCCCCUGCUCCUGGACCCUCGACCGUUACUGUUACCACGACUAUCUCGAACACGGCGUACCAAUGCGCAUGCACGCCUACCAGUGUCUUCAGUGCCUCGUCAAGCGCCCCUGCUCCGAGCUCAACAGGUGCUGUCACUUGCCCUGGUUCCAACGGUUCAACUUUCGUGACUUCAUGUGGCGCACAAUACGCCGUGGAGUGCAGCUCUGAUCGUUACGGCAAUGACCUUCCGAACGGCCUCGUCUACACUGACACAUACGAGCAAUGUCUUCAGGCCUGCGACAGCAUCACUGAGUGCGUUAAUGUUUCCUGGGUCAUAGGUAACCCAGGUGCUUGCUACAUGAAGGGCAGCAUUGGCGCCAUUCGGAACAACUCAAACAUCAUCGGAGGUCGCAAGCUCUCUGGAUGUGUUACCCUGAAGCUUCACCGCAAGCGCGUUGCGGUUGCCGCCCCCAAGCAGAAGCUCGCGAAGCGUGCUGGUUUCUACGGUCCUGACUUCACAUUUACUCAGGAUCGUGUCGUUGCGACUGCGACCGGAACUGUCAGGACCACCGUCACUACCACCUCCACACCCAUCUCUGGUACUGCCACCCAGACUGCUUUCACCGUUGCCUCUGCCACCGUGACCACCACCACAAGCGUACCAACCACCGUUUACAACAUCAUCACCGUCACUACAUGCCCGACAGCCUCUCCUACCGUCUAA